AUGUCGAACCCGCACGACACCACCGCCAGCGGCAAGGUCCAAAAGCGGAAACGGGUCCGCCCUUUGCCCGCGCAUGUAAAUGCGCGCAACCUGGCCACCGAGAAGAGGAAACGGUGUGAGAUGAAGGAGAACAUCAUAGACCUGGCCCGCUUGGUACCGUCCCUCGCCAACGCCCGCCGUUUAAACAAAGUCCUCAUCGUCAACGAGAGCAUCAAGCACUUCCGUACCCAGCGGGACAUGUGUCUAGACGCCGCUGAGGACAUGCAGGACCUGAUUGCGGAGAACCGGCGCCUUGCGGCUGAGAUUAAUGCGAUGCGCACCCAGACUGGGCAGCCCCUCGUUGAGCCAAGGCCAGUCUCAGAGGCGAUGACGCAGUUGAUGAGCGUCAAGGAUGAGGUCUACGGUGUCUUUAACAACGGGUUCGGCGACAACUGGGCCACCGAGGCUGACGAGAACCAGCGCUCGAGGAGCGGUACGGCGGAUCAAGACCUGCAACUGGGGUUGUUUCCACCGGGGGAGCAGACGUAUCUUGCGCAACUGUCGCCGCCGGAUGAACUCACGCUGGGAAACGAGAUCCCAUUCACGAUGCCGCCGCCACCAUUUUCGGCGCAACCAGAAGUGCCCUGGGGACUUCCAACAACAGAUGUUACAAGGCAGGUGCCAGCAGUCCCGGGCCUGGAUAUGUUUGGGUCCACGACUGUUCCCGAGAGCCAAGCCCUGGGAGAAGCUGCAUAUCCAACAACGUUUGACGCUCUGUCACCAUCUUGGACUCAAGGUGUCGACAUGGGUGUGACCCAUUCCAUGCCAUAUUUGCUUCACGGAAACCAGGAACUUGAAUCCUUUGGACUGAGUCAACCAUGA